AUGUGGUUCGGCGCAGCCGUCGUAGGACUCGCCUUCGGUGUCCAAGCAAUCUCUCCAAACCCUCCGGAAGGGCACUGGGUCGAUACCUGGGUAUCCAUGCCACAACUCACGGAGUCGACGAACCUGCCUUCCCCACCGUUCAACGGCACUACUGGGGUCUUCGAAAACUCAACUAUACGUCAGACGAUUCAUACGUCUGUCGGGGGGAAGCAAAUCCGUCUCCGCAUCUCCAAUAACUUCGGCGACUCCAACCUCGAGAUUACAGCGGCUACCGUUGCGCUGCCUCUGAAUGGCUCUUCUGGCGUGAGCGCGAUUCAAGUGAACACAUUAGUACCCCUCUCUUUCAGCGGAAGCAAUGGAAUCCUCAUACCCAACGGCGCGCUCGCCGUGUCCGAUCCAAUCGACUUCACAAUUCAGCCCCAGUCUGAGCUAGCGAUAUCCUUGUACCUUGCGAAUGGCCAAGGAGGUUUCGACAUCACUUCGCACCCUGGCAGUCGCGCUACGUCGUGGUUCACCUUCGGAGACGCCACGUCCGCGGAGAACAUUACUGGCACGUCCGUCGUGAACGCUCAACACUGGUUCUUCAUCAGUGCUCUGGAGGUUUGGUCUCCACCAUCCGUCCGCUCUUUUGCAAUCGUCGGUGACAGCAUCACGGACGGACGCGGAAGCACCACUGACGGCAAUGAUCGCUGGCCAGAUCAGCUCCUCGCACGCAUGCAGACGAAUCCGCCUACGUCUCAAAUCGCAGUGAUCAACCAGGCAGCCGGCGGUAAUCGUAUACUUGCCGACGGCCUCGGCCCUGCUGCUCAAGGCCGCAUCGAGCGGGAUGUCCUCGCACACCCGAACGUGGGCUUCGCCAUGAUCUUCGAGGGAGUCAACGACAUCGGCACCGCGCCGACCACCACUGAGGCUCAAGCAGCUGUGACUCAGCGGCUCAUCCAGGCAUACAAGCAGAUCAUCAGCAGGGUGCAUACAAACGGCAUCCCCAUGUUCGCUGCCACCAUAACGCCGUUCGGUUCGCCGCAAAACUCGACCGUCAUCCAGCCGUACGACGAUCCCACGAGGGAAGUUUCACGUCAGACGAUCAACAAGUGGAUUCGCACCAGCGGGGCGUUUGACGGAGUUAUCGACUUCGACGCGAUCCUGCGUGAUCCCACGAACAGCAGCAAACUCAGGCUCGAAUUCGAUUCCGGGGAUGGACUGCAUCCUAAUACGGCAGGUUACCGUGCGGUCGCUCAGGCAUUCCCGCUCGAUCUCUUUACAAACUUCACCAAGGGAGUUUCUGGCUUCCAGUAG